CCCCGGACCUUUCUGCCCGCAGAGCUCCCCACGCAGGCUGGGGCCCUAGCACAGAGAGCCUCGAGGACAUGCGAGCCCGGCGGAUCAGCGGGCCCUCAGCGUUCUGGGAGCAGAUUAGGCCCCCGCCUACUUUGGCAGCGCGUGGAGGCGGGAGGUGGCCACGCGGCUCCCUGGGCGGGGCUGGUGGUAGAAGUUGCUAGGGAGUUCCUGACAGCUAGAGUGUAGACGUAGAACUAUGAGCUCACCUCUGGCCUCCCUUGGCAAGACCCGGAGAGUGCCUCUGCAGUCGGAGCCUGUGAACCCGGGGCGGCGAGGGAUAAAAAUCUACGGAAAUGAAGAUGAGGUAGACAUGCUGAACGACGCACACGGCUCUGAAGAAAGGAUCUCUGUCCCUUCCUGCUAUGGCGGCGUAGGUGCCCCCGUGAAUAGGCAAGUCCCUGUGUCCCACGACUCAGAGCUGGUGGCCACCAUGAUGAAGAAGUUGCGGGAUCUGGAGCAGCAGGUGAAGGCCCAGGCUGACGAGAUGCUGUCCAAGGAUCGGAAGAUACGGGCCCUGGAGGAAUUGGUGGAGACCCUCCAGGAGCACCAGGGCUCAGUGACCCUGCGGCGGCAGGAGGAGCUGGAAGCGACGUGCACUCAGCUGCGGCGGCAGGUCGGGGAGAUGGAGCGGUUCCUCGGGGACUACGGCCUGCAGUGGGUGGGUGAGGCUGUGGACCAAGAGGACUCUGAGGAUAACGAGAGGGACUGGAUGACAGCCAAGAAGUUCUGGAAGCCAGGGGACUCAUUGGUACCCCCUGAGGUGGACUUUGACAGGCUGCUGGCCAGCUUGAAGGAUCUCAGUGAGCUGGUGGUAGACAGUGACACGCAGGUGACGCCAGUGCCCAGCAGAGUGCCACACCAUGCUCUCGAACCCAUCCCACUGAAGCUCUACCGGAACGGCAUCAUGAUGUUUGACGGGCCCUUCCGGCCCUUCUUCGAGCCCUCCACACAGCGCUGCCUUCGAGACAUAUUGGAUGGCUUCUUCCCCUCAGAGCUCCAGCGGCUGUACCCUGAUGGGGUCCCCUUUAAGGUGAGUGACCUGCGCGAUCAGGUCUACCCAGAGAAUGGGCUGGACCCAUUCCCAGGUGAGGGCCGCGUGGUAGGCCUGCAGAGGAUUCGAAAACCCUGGGACAGGACGGAGCACCCAGGCUCCAUUGCCCUCCCUGCAGGCUCCAGGAUGACUGCAGAGAAGUUUCUGAACAGGCUCCCCAAAUUUGUGAUCCGACAAGGCGAGGUGAUUGACAUCAGGGGUCCCAUCCGAGACACCCUGCAGAACUGCUGUCCAUUGCCUGCCCGGAUCCAGGAAAUCGUGGUGGAGACGCCUGCCUUGGCUGCUGAGCGUGAGAGGAGUCAGAAGUCGCCAGAGUCGCCGGCGCCCCAGCUCUCCAUGCUGCGCAUCAAAUCUGAGAAUGGAGAGCAGGCCUUUCUGCUGAUGAUGCGGCCUGAGGACACCAUCGGAGAUGUGCGCGUCCUGCUCGCGCAGGCCAGGGCCGUGGAUGCCACCACCUUCGAGAUCUUCAGUACGUUCCCGCCCACAGUCUACCACGACGCUCUCACUCUGCUGGCCGCAGGCCUAGUGCCCAGCGCCACACUGCUGCUUCGGGCGCACCGGGCCCCGCGGCCCGCCCCCCGCCCGGAAUAAAGCACCCGCCCAGA